GUACACGUCGUCCUCGUUUUCCGCACUACGUCUGCGCUGCGCGUUCUCCGUCCCUUUCUCUCGCUUUCUUUCCUCUACACUUCUGCGUCUCUGGCGCCUCUGGAGCAGCACGAUGGCGGCAAAUUCACUUACGGGAGCAUCAAUCUCCAUGCGUUCUCGCUUUCCACAGUCGAAUCAGAGUCUGGUAUUGGAUUCAGUUUCCGGGAGAAACAACGUUUCCUUUAGUUGGCAGCCGCUCUCAACUCGCCUUAGAGUCAUCUGUGCUGCCAAACCAGAGACGGUAGAAAAGGUUUGCAAGAUAGUGAAAAAGCAGCUAGCUCUGCCAGAUGAUUCGAAUGUCACUGGCGAGUCAAAAUUUGCUGCUCUGGGAGCCGAUUCCCUUGACACGGUUGAGAUCGUGAUGGGACUGGAGGAGGAAUUUGGCAUUAGCGUCGAAGAGGAUAGUGCACAGAACAUCACAACAGUUCAGGAAGCUGCUGAUCUUAUUGAGGCGAUCAUUGAGAAACAAAGUCCUUAGACUGAUCCAUAGUUCAUAAUGUGGGACGAUGUGAAGUCCCUCAGUGUGCUAGUUGUGAAUUUUGACGUUGCUUGUUUCUUGAAGAACAAAUUUAUAAUGAACAAGCCUUGUGCAGAUGGAACUUUUUUGUGCUUAAGGAAAGGGAUUCUAUAGAUUUUGGUUGA